AUGGCCUCUGCCAGCUCCAUGGCCAGCCGUGAGCAGGCAUCUCAAGACCGUGUCAGUGGGUUGGGUCCCCAUCGGAGAAAGAGGACCACCUUCAGCGUUGGGCAGCUGCUGGAAUUGGAGCGGGUGUUUGCAGCAUGGCCCUAUCCUGACAUUGGCACUCGUGAACACUUGGCCCAGGUCACCCGCCUUCCAGAGGCCAAGAUCCAGGUGUGGUUCCAGAACCGCCGGGCCAAGAGAAUCAAGAACAGGAAGUCAGGAGGCUUCAGUCCCAGGCCUGAGUCUCCUUCAAGCUCCUGUUCUCUUCUAGACACCUCCCAGCAGUCCUGCAUGCCCCAAACAGGCCAGCCUUCACUUGCCACCAGCAUGGUUCAGUGCACCUCAGCAUGUCCAGAGGCCUCCUGUGCAGCUCCUGGCUUGGAUCCAAGGCAGGGGUGGGCAGGGACUAAAGCUGCAGCACCAUGGGGAAUGGCCAGGGAUCCAGGGUUUCACCCUUUUUUGGAGCAAGCUACUCCUCAGACCUCACUGGGUAGCCUGUCUGACCUUAUUUAUGCCUCAGCCAUUGUCACUAAUGUGGACCACUCCUAA